AUGGCCAGACUCUCAUGGGUUCCAACUGCUCUUUUCGUCAUCCUAGCCUUGAGCUUUGCCAUUGAUGUUGCUCUGGCUGAGAAAGAGGGAUCACUUCGUCGUGAAGAUUGUCCAUCAGCAUGCAAGUAUCGGUGUUCAGAAACUUCACAUAAGAAGCCAUGCAUGUUCUUCUGCAAGAAAUGCUGCGACAAAUGUCUUUGUGUACCAUCGGGCACAUAUGGGCACAAGGAAGAAUGCCCAUGCUACAACAACUGGAAGACCAAAGAAGAUGGUCCUAAGUGCCCAUGAAUGGCAAACCAUUCACUCAUGUUGAGAAGAAAUGUUUCUUCUUAAUUUUUUUGGUUUUUUUUUUUUUGGGUUAUGCUAUAAGUUUUUGAUAGAGAAAGUUUGUAGACGGUUUUUCCUUUUUUCCUAGAUGGAGAGGUUUGUUUUAGUUUUAGAUCAUGAAAGAAAUAUUAAUGAUUGGUAAUUCUUCCUAGAGCAAUAACCUUUAAGUUCAACACAACUUCUUGCUUGUAUUAAGAGUGUGAUUAGGAAUCGUUAAAGCUAUAUUAUAAAACCUUUUUUAUUAUUAGGAAUGUGUUUGUCUUUCUUGCACCCGAGUCGAAUCUCCCUUCUCUUCUAAAACUUCUGAGAAUAAUAGUAAUUAAAUCCAACAUAUUUUGACAUUCACCACAUUUUGGGCGCCUAUCUAAACUCCAUGCUAGAUGCAAGGUGUUGAUUAGGGAGUCAAGAUUCACGAACGCUUGGGGAAUUUGGUCGCAACGUCCUAUUGAUCCUAGAUUUAUGUUUGUGAUUGAUUUGAUAAAAUCCUAAAAUCCUAAUAGAGGUGGCAACCCCUCUAUGGACCCACAAGGAUGUACGAAUUGGUUUAUUUGGUCUGAUAGUGAAUGUUGACCUUUUCACAUCCAAGGUCAUAUUCGAAUUGGUUUUAUUUGAUACGUUUUAGUUUUAAGGAGGAGAAGAUAGGUAUUCUUGUGUUGUGUCCCAUGAAAACAAAAGCCAUGUUCCCAUCCAUCCCAGCUGGUGUCUUCGAGAUUAAUGCUGACAGUUCGUUUUUGGCAUGUGAAAGCAGGGGCGGGGGUGGUGGGUACGGGUAUUCGGGAGCAUGCAGGGGACCUUUGUGGUUGCAAUGGUAAAGCAUUAUUCUCACUUGUUAUCUGCUGCGUGGGAAGAGCUCAAGUUUGCAAAGAAGCUGUUGACCUCAAAAUCUUUUUGGCCAACCACGUAGAUUAUUUCGAGUAAAAUAAUCAAGGGCCGAGCGGAUUUGGGAAGGGCCGAGAGUAAAAAAGAGUAUAAACAGAAGCUUCACUUGCAAGCGCUAGUUUUUGAAUGGUGAUUUGCUUGGGGUGGCUAAUACUGCAAAUUAAUUAUAGUAUGGAUGGAGGUCCUUUUUUUUAAUCUGAGUAGGGUGUUUGAGGAUGCUCGUCCUCUGCUAUAUCAAUUGUCAGGUUAGACUUCCUUUGUAUUAAAACAACCACAACCACACCACCCCACCCCCACCCCCCCCCGGCGAGGU